AUGGACGUCGAAGAAUCGCCAUGGGCUGAUUCCAGCCAGACCCCCCCUGAGCCGCCUGCCGAGAGCGAGCCCGUUGCUUCCCCGCCAGCGACAUCACAGGCCUCGACCUCGUCAGCGCCUCGACCCUCGCGCGCUCCUCGCCGCAUCGUCGCCCAGCCUACUAAGCUAGAAGCUGUCGACGAUCCCCUCGGCCCUCUGAGCGCUGGACCAGCCCAGGAUGCCGCUGCGCUGGAUGCCCCGCCGGUGCCGCCUCAGAAGGAGCAGAUGGUGAUCAGGACGACGAUGGCGCCGCUUCAGCAACAGCAGGCGGCGAGAAGGAUUGCCGACCCUCACCAUGUUGACGACGAUGACGACUUGGACGGCCCGAGAGGCCCGAGAGUACCACCUCCGGUAGAUGCUGCGAGACCGAGUAGUAUACGGAGCAACACGCAGCCGAGCGUGAGCGUGGAGGAGGCAUCGAAGCCAACGUUCUAUAUCACGGUUGGAGAUCCAGUGAAGAUUGGAGAUUUAACGAGCUCUCAUAUUGUGUACUCUGUGAGAACCAAGACCACUUCCAGAGCAUACAAGCAGCCCGAAUUUGAAGUCAAGCGUCGAUACCGAGACUUCUUAUGGCUCUAUAAUACCUUGCAUGGAAACAACCCCGGAUAUGUGGUGCCGCCACCUCCUGAGAAGCAGGCUGUUGGCCGUUUCGACAGCAACUUUGUCGAAAGCAGAAGAGCUGCGCUGGAGAAGAUGCUCAACAAGACUGCAGCGCACCCUGUUCUUCAGCAUGACGCUGAUCUAAAGCUGUUCUUGGAGAGUGAGGCGUUUAAUGUUGACAUUAAACACAAAGAAAGACGAGAGCCACUGCCCACUGAGAGUAAGGGAGUAUUGGGAUCCUUGGGCAUCAACGUCGGAGGAGGAAGCAAAUUUGUGGAGCAAGACGAUUGGUUCCAUGAUCGCAAAGUGUACCUUGACGCCUUAGAGAAUCAGCUAAAGGGUCUGCUGAAGGCAAUGGAUGCCAUGGUUAGCCAGAGAAAGAUGAUGGCAGAGGCUGCGGCUGAUUUUUCUGCCUCUCUCCAUGCGCUGUCUACUGUUGAGCUUUCGCCCUCACUCUCUGGUCCCCUGGACGCCCUCUCUGACCUCCAGCUUACCAUCCGCGAUGUGUAUGAUCGCCAGGCCCAACAGGACGUCCUAACGUUUGGAAUCAUCAUUGAUGAGUACAUUCGUCUCAUCGGGUCAAUCAAGCAGGCAUUCAGCCAGCGCCAAAAGGGCUUCUACGCCUGGCAUUCAGCUGAGUCGGAGCUCCAGAAGAAGAAGACUACACAAGACAAGCUGCUUCGACAGGGUAAGAGCCAGCAAGACCGACUCAACCAGAUGAAUGCCGAGGUGCAGGAAUCGGAGAGAAAGGUUCAUCAAGCGCGGCUGCUGUUUGAGGACAUGGGCCGCUCCAUGAGGGCUGAGCUGGAUCGGUUCGAGAAGGAGAAGGUGGAGGAUUUCAAGAGCGGUGUCGAGACGUUCCUCGAGGGCGCUGUUGAAGCACAGAAGGAAUUGAUUGAGAAGUGGGAGACAUUCCUAAUGCAGCUAGAUGCUCAAGAUGAUGAAUCUGCUUUCUACAGGCCACCCGUCUAUCAGACGAAGCCUCCCGGCAACACCGCCAUUGAUCGUGCCCGGGCUACUAUAGAUGAGGAUUCGGACUAA